CUGCUGAUUUAGUGGCUUGGAAACAGCUGGCAAUAUGAGCAAGUGAUGUUGUCUGUCUCCCUGCGGCAGCCCCCCCCCCCUUGCAUGCUCAGAACUGGCUUGGGAAUGCCUACUGCCUUUAGAGCAUUGAGACGCAGAGGAAUGGUCACCCUGCCCGCUCUCUGAUCCCUACUGCUGGACUCUUUAGAAUCAUGAGCUGCCUGGAGGUUAUGUACCCAGCGUAUGGACAUUAUCCACUGUAUGCCACAGCUGCCUCAGCCUACAAUAUAAACAGCCAACAGACUUUAGGUGACAGUCGGAGAAUGCAGAAGAGGGCCGAGAGCUUGCCUGGGACUGUCUCAGCCUCGUUUCCAGGACCCAAGGAAGGCGACAGGGACAAGGAGAAGCCCGUGGCCCACGAGGCAGAGUACCUCAGCUCCAGGUGUGUGCUCUUCACCUACUACCAGGGAGACAUCAGCAGCGUGGUGGAUGAACACUUCUCCAGAGCGCUGAGCUCUUACGUAGAGGGAGAUGGGAAGAGACGCGCCACAGAGCUGGGAGCAGAAAGCCCCUCCCCGGGUCGACGUAGCUUCCCCCCCUCGUUCUGGGACAGUAACUACUCCCCUCCAGUGUGCCAGAGUCAUUCAGAGGGGACAGCAUACCCCGUGGAACCGUACUCUCUGCACCCGGGCCUGCCUCCUCCACACGGCCCAGAGUCCUGGGCUUACUCACCGAGCCAGACAUACCCCCACCCCCGCCCCUUGCAUGAACUCUACCCGCCCACGGGCCUGGAGUCCCACUACAGCCCGCUGCUCAUGCCAGCCAUGCGCCCCGCUCGGAUAGCCACUCUUCCUGGGCAUUACGACAUCACCAAACUGGAACCAGCGCCCUCCUGGCACGGUCUGCUGCCAGCCAGCGAUGUCACCCAGACGCUCGCUUUAAAUAUCGACGCAGGGCUUCAGCACCACAAGAAAAGCAAGGAGCCGUACUGGUUUUAGAGUCUGUUCAAGUUUUUCUAGUUGUGUCUGUGUUAUCUUCCGGAUGACAAUGGGUGCAGUUAAGCGUUUGCCCUUAUCUUCGGUUCAAGAUCGGAUUUGUUCUUUAUCUUCAAUCAACAUGUGUACCACAGAACAAAACAGAAAGGGUGGCUAUGAAUGCAGGGAACUCCUAUGACUGGUGUUCGUUUUCUGGGUGUGCAGUGUUUAUCUGCCAAGAACUGUUGAGCACCAGGCAAGCUGAAUGACUGGCAUUUUUGUGGCGUGCCAUUAUGGAUGAAAAAUGGGAAAAAGAGACAGAUUUAUUUUAGUUUUCCAAUGACGUUACUAAGUAGUAAUUAUAAAUAUUAUAUGUAAUGUAUUUAUCUGGGUCUUGCAAAUACUUUUUUUAUAUUUGCUAAAAUAAAUGCGCAAACGUUGUUGAAA